AUGUGGUCAGAUGGCGAUGCACCGUCGAAGUUUGUAAAGGCGACGCAACGCCGGAACUACAACGCCGUGCAGACCCUUCUUGCGCAUGGUGCAGAGGUGGACUGCAAGGAGCCACAAAGUGGCUGGACGCCGUUGAUGUUUGCAGCAUCUCUUGGCGACUGCGACAUCGUGAAGAUCUUGCUUGAGAAAAAUGCUUCCAUCAACGAGUUUGCCAGUCCGCACGACUGGAAUCCUCUCUGUUGCGCGCUCCAAGCCAAUAACAAAGAUGUGGUGCGCAUUCUUCUCGAUGCGGGUGCUGAUGUCAGCCUAAUCAAAAGGAGGCAUCCGGCGCUCGCAGAGCUGUAUGAGUGUGAGCUGGAAGACGUGUGUGGAACUCCGGUGAGUGGCCGCUAG